AUGAAAUAUUUUACUCUUCGUGGUCCAAUACCUGGUUUGUCACCUCAUUAUUUCUUUGGCAAUACAAUUCAGUCUGGAUUGGUAUUGAAAGACUUGAGUCUUCAUGAAGUUUACAGGACAUUCAAAAGUCGUUUUGGUGAUGUUUUUCAAUUUUGGCUUGGACCUUGGCGUGUCAUUGUUGUAAGUAAUAUUAUUGAUGUACAACACAUAUAUACUCAUCGCAAUAUCUACGAGCAAGGUGAUAUUCUGGUAGAACAAUUCAAGCUAUUUCUUUAUGAUGCUCUCAUUUGUCUGAAAGGUGCCAAAUUCAAACGACAUGCCUCACUCACAAUACCCUUAUUUCGUCGUAAUAAGAUCAUUCCAAAUUUUGACUUGAUUAUUGAUUGUACUGAUAAAUUAUUGUCACAAUGGCGCUCCGCUCCUUCAAAUCAUAUCCAUCUCGAUAUCGGUCAACAGUGUCGCAAUCUUCUUCUACUCAUAUUUGGAUUUCUUGCAUUUGACUACGAUUUGAAGACAUUCGAUAAUAGUGAUCAUAAUGAACUCACUCGAGCACUUAAAGAUUUCUUAGAAAGUAUCUAUCCUGUUUUCUUUUUACCAAAAGUUGUAUCCAUUAUCUAUCUGCGAUUGAGUCGUCGAUAUCAACGAGCACGAACUGUUAUUCAACAAUAUGUAUAUCGAAUAAUCGAUCAUGAAUUAAUUGAUUGUUCAGAAACGAUAGCAGAGCGUAAGAGAACAAGUUUAAUUGCCUCGUUGGUUUCCGCAUUACAAAAUGAUGAAAAAACAGAAAUGAUUAAAAGUGAAGAAGAAAAAAAAGGUCUCAAUCGCAGUGAAGUGCUGCAUGAAGUGUUAUUCUUUCUUUUAGCUGGUUAUGAAACAACGUCGACUGCUCUAACAUGGUUCAUACAUUUAGCAAGUAAGCAUCCACGAGUCCAACAAAAGAUCAAAGCAGAAUUAUUAGAAAAUAAUUGUAAGGAAGAUUUGUCUCUGGAACAUCUAGAUUCAUUAGGUUAUCUGGAUUGUGUCAUCACGGAAGUAUUACGCUUUUGUCCACCAGGUGAUAGUUCAGCUCGUACAUUAACAAUGGAUGACCGUCUACCUGAGAGUGGUACUCAACUAUAUGCAGGCGACGAAGUACUUGUUCCAUUUAUGAAUCUCGCACGAGAUCCUCGAUAUUGGUCUAUUGAUCCAGAAUUAUUCUAUCCUGAAAGAUUUCUAGGCGAAGACAAAAAUCAUCAAUCCUAUGCAUUAUUACCAUUCGGCGGGGGACAUCGUCAAUGUAUUGGACAGGAUUUAGCUCGAUUUGAACUGAAAGUUAUUAUAGCAAGAUUAAUGCAACAUGUAACAUUUGGAGAUGGUGGUCCGGAAGUCAACGCAGGUGGAUUUGUUCAAACAGUAACUAUCAUGCCUAAACAUGUUGGUGUUACCGUUCAAUUCGAUUAA